AAGCAUAACCUGGCUUCAUCUGUUAGAUCUUACACCCAGUUUCAAAGCUAAUAAGCACCCACUGCUCCUGAAUAUUGAUCGCUCACUCAGAGAAAUCAGUUCCUAGAUUGAUGGCACGGCGCUCCGAGGAAAAAAUAAUCGUCUUGAGAUCCGUGCGUCAUCGGGACCCCGGCGGCGACGGCGUCGGUGGCGGCGACGCGUACUGUCUCUCCGUCGCGCCUCAGACCGGAGCGAAGGGGUCAGCGAGCGCACACACCGAUCACCGGUCAGCGCGUUAGUCUAAACAAACAAUUCGUCGAUAAGCGGGAGCGCCUCAACCCGGAUGACCUCCGGAGUGACGCGUCUCUCCGGUGAGAGUGCGGAGGGGGGCAGCGGCGGAGGAGAUGCGCAUAUCUGCAGGUCUCUAGCGCUGUCGUAAAACGAGAGUCGGGAGCGAGACAGUUAUCAUUAAAGCGAUGCCAGGGGUAACCAAGUACAAUUUAGUAGAUGACGUGCACGAUUUGAGGAUCCCCAUGCACAACGAGGAGGUGUUCAAGCAUGGGGUCUGCUUCGAGGCAAAGUACAUUGGCAGUUUGGAGGUGGGUCGCCCCGGCAGUCGAAUGGAGAUAGUCGCUGCAAUGAGGAGAAUCAGAUAUGAAUUCAAACUGAAGAACAUAAAGAAAAAGAAGGUCAACAUUGUUGUAUCCACCGACUGUGUCAAAGUGAUUUUACGCAAAAAGAAGAAGAGAAAAGGGUGGUCAUGGGAUGAGAAUACCAUCUUGGUGACACAGGAUCCUAUUUACAGGAUCUUUUAUGUCUCACAUGAUGCUCAAGACUUGAAGAUCUUCAGUUAUAUAGCGAGAGAUGGACAGAGCAAUGUUUUCCGCUGCAAUGUGUUCAAGUCAAAGAGGAAGUCUCAGGCCAUGAGGAUCGUGCGGACGGUGGGUCAGGCGUUCGAUGUGUGUCACCAGCUGACCCUGCAGCAGAAAAGCGAUGACCAGGAGGAUGAGGAGGGGAAGGCCGAGGAGUCUGAGGCAGUGCCAGCAAAGAAGAGGUUUGCAUUAUCAGAAGAGACAGACCUUGAAGCCACUACAGAAGAGAGCAUUGAGUGUGUCUCAUCAGACCUGGAGAAGAGCAAAAAGGACGAGGCCCUCGGUAACAAUGGGAAGGUGUCUGAUGACCCAUCUUUUCUGCUGAGCUCUCCCGUCCUUGGGGCCUCUGUGUCGGGUCAGUCGGCAGCAGAGGCUUCCUGCUCUGCAGAGCACCAGGUCCAGUUCCUCCAGAAACAACUACAGCAGCAGGAACAGCAGGCACUAGCAGCCUCAGCACAGGUUCAUGUCCUCCAGGAGCAGCUGUCAGUGGAGGUGUGUGCGCGGACCGAAGCCCAAGCCCGAGUUCAGAGGCUGCUGCAGCAGAACACCGACCUGCUGCAACACAUUUCCCUGCUGGUCAAACAGAUCCAGGAACUGGAGCUCAAAGCUGCUGGCCAGUUGACAUCUAUGGGCUCCCAGGACAGUCUCCUGGAGAUCACUUUCCGUGCCAAGCCCUCCAGCGUGCCCCGUGAUCCCCUUACCCCUUCGUCAUCCACAGGCCCUUUAGCCGCUCAGUCCCAGCUCCAGAUAAGCGACAGCCCCUGGGCCUCUGCCCUCCCCGGGCCCUGCUCCCCGGGCACCAUGGGUGCUGACACCAGCCCGCUAGGGCUCAGCGGCAGCGGAGUUCGACUCGAGUGCUUCCGCUUCUCCUCCCGGGGGCCUGACAGCCAGGAGCAGGGCCAGGACACGGGGGAGACUCCCAGCGACGGCGCCCCGGAUGAGAGUUCACUGCUGGGGGAGCAGGUCCUCGGAGCCCUAGAGCUGCUGCGCUUCAGGGAGUCAGGGAUCGGGUCGGAGUACGAGUCAAACACAGAUGAGAGUGAUGAUCGGGACAGCUGGGGACAGGGGGAGGGCGGGGGGGGCGACGGUGCAGCUAGACUCAUGAACGUGCUGAAUGCAGAGAGUCUGCCGGACUGCUUAGGGGAUGAGAUGGCUGUGUAGCGGUGCUCUGAAAGCUGCGCUAGGCAACUUUGCACUUAUGCACCCACCCCAAUGGGAAACUAGUAAAAUUCAGAAUCUGAAGGACUUCAUCACAGAGAAAUCCUGUAUUGUAAACAGCAUCAUUUGCUGGUAUAAAUUAUUUGUGGCUGAUAGCUGGACAGAGUGCUCACUCGCCACUGGUCUGGCCUGGACUGGUCUAAAUUUUACCUGAUUCGUCUCUUCCUUUGCACAGAGAACUUAUAUCAGUGGUGGAGCUCAUAAAAGUUAAUAAUAAUAAAAAUGCUAAAAAUAGAAUUAAAAUGAUACAUCUUAGUCUAAAAAUGUACAAUGAUUUGAUAAAAACUAAUUUGAUUCAUGAAAUUUGCUAAAUUAUUAUGUAUGUAUAUUAUAUAUCACCAACAUAAAACAUCAUAAAACAUAAAGAUUUUUACCAAGUCAGGUUUAUUUUAAAGCCUUAAUGUCUUUAUCAAAUAUGGUUAAACAAGACUAAGAGUCUACUGUCAUGUUAAUGGUAUGUUAACAUGCGCAUAUACCAUCUUGCUUUAGCGUGUUAGCAUGCUAACAUUUUCCAAAAACAAAGUACAGCUGAGGUCCACAUUCACUGUCAGUCUUAGAGGUUUGUGGUCACAAAUUAAAAUAUCAGACUAAAUUAACAUUUUGACUUGAGAGUAAAUUUAUCAAUCGAGUCAGCGAUUAAAGCUUCACAAGCUCCACACAUCGGACAUUAUUUGCUGUAACUGGGGAGAAAAGCCAAAAAAAAGGAUACUCUAAGGUACUUCUAGAUAAGAAUUUGGCACAGUGCAGCUUUAUUCAAUCCUGUCAGAUAGUUUAAACACUGUGGUGAUUCAGGUUCUGUCUCUCUCUCUGCCAUCUGUUAAUAUAUAUGUUACAUACUGUGUGUGUGUGUGUGUCAGUCUGAUGAUUGUUGCUCCCUGACUCGGUGCUGUCGUCACUCGCUGGGCUUGUUACACUGUGGUUUUUGUCUGUGUGUUUAUGGAUUUGUGACACAUCUGGCAUGGACAUGGUUGUUUUAUCUGUUAUCUAAUGCAGAUUUAUGAAGAAAAAAUUUCUUUGGCAAAUCUGUCUUGACAUGCUAACACUUUUUUUUUUGGAGUGUGAAAAAUUAAAACCUUGCUGUGCUUGCUACGACUCUUAAUCUGUAAAUUACACAUGGGUUUAAAAAUGAGCAUGUAUCUGUCAUAGUCUGAUUUCUUCUCUUUUCAAUACAUUGUACAAAGUUUGAUUAACUUUGAUGCUUUGCCUACAGUACAUGGCAUGAUUUUAUUCACACUUUUCUUCAUUCUUUUAUAGUACUAAAGAACAUUUCUGAUUAAGUGUUGUGUAAGAGGGAAACAUCUCACUGUGUGCAGGUGCUGCUACAAUUGUAUCUGUGCUGCUUAAAAAUGUAGCCACCACGUACUGUAAGUAUUAUUUAUUAAUGCUGUACUGCGGCAGCGAUAAACUGCUGCAUCACUGUUGCUCCACCCUUCAGAGGAAUUGUUUGGAAAGUCCUGAAGUACCAAUUCAGGGAAAGAUGGAGGCACAUAGAAAACUUCUGGACCCUUUCAUAAGCUUGCAGCCAGCUGUCGUACCAGCUCCACCACACUGACUGUGAGCCAACUCUGUGAAUCACUGAAUUGGGGACGUGUCUUUGAGCUCUUUCCAAAAUCGAUUAAUCUCUUCCUGGCCCGCCUCUCCCCCUUUCCCUCUAACUCGCUCACCUUCCUCCCCUCUUUUCCCUGAAGCUUGUCACCUCUUUGCCACUCUCUUGCACUCGCAAUCUGUCUGCUGUAUCCAUCUAUCCAUAUUUCUCUGUCAAUCUCUGGCAUUUCUCUCUCCAAGGUUAUGUCUGUUCUCAUGAAGUGUACUAAAAGUGAAAGUGCACUUACAUCGAUGUUUCUCCUUGUGGAAUUAAAUGCCCUUU